GAAAAGCCGGAGAGCAUAACGCCACCGCGUCACUUUGAGGGCGGACAUCGGCCUGUCCUCAUCAUCUCCUCUCGCUUCAUCCCCCUUCCCUGCGCGCUCUCCAUACUUCCGUCUCCAUCAGUCUUCAUGGUUCUGAUCUCACCCCACGCCAUGCAAGCCACCCGGGCGUCCACCACCGUCAGUGUGUUUGCGGACUGCAGCAUCCCGGCCGGGCUCCGGAUUGGACCGGUACCGGGCAUCUUCAAACUCGGGAAGUACGUGUCGGACCGCAAGGAAGUAGGGCCCAAGAAAAAGAUCCGCUUGGUAAGGGGGGAGUUCGUAGAUGAGUCAGGAUGUCCCGUCCCGGACUGGAUCGGAUUAAUCCGCGCCGCCAGGAACAGCCAAGAGCAGAACCUGGAGGCUUUGUCGGACCUGCCUGGCGGACAGAUUUUCUACCGCGUGCUGAGAGAAAUCCCCGCAGGAGAGGAGCUUAGUGUGUGGUACUCCAACGCUCUGGCCCAGUGGUACGACAUCCCCACCACGGCCACUCCCACGCACGACGAGAAAGGUGAGGAGCGUUAUAUCUGCUGGUACUGUUGGAGGAUAUUCAAAUACCCGAACACACUCAAGGCUCACGUUCACUUCCACUGCGCACUGAGCAACGGGCGAGGGUUUGUGAGCAGCGAACAGGCCAGGGGCACAGAGACCUUCAGCAGGUCACCAAAAUCUGGAGACAUUCCCAACAACUCCGCCUCACCGAGGAGCGCUCACAGUAACUCCUCCAUCACAGACUCGGGUCGGCGGGCGGUGUCCUCGUCCCCGUUUUUGAACAAAACGGGACUGUCAAAGAAAAGCAGCUCCGAGGAGCAGGACAGGGCCCUCGACAUGAGCGUCACUUCAGGCAGAAACCAGGGGCAUCUCCUCAGCCUGGGCGCCACCACUUCAAUGCUAAGCAGCAUGGGCUUCCAUCCUGGUGUGCGCUCAGCCUUUAAGCCAACUGGUGUCUCAAAAGUCCCGGGAGCGGAGAGCUCCAGAGAGGAGGCCAACGGAAAGCUGAGCUCUAUGGGAUUCAGCAAACUCAUUGGGAACAUGAAACCAAUCCGCAACGUGGGCGAGGGUCUAAACGCAGGAGGGAACCACCCUCCCAAGUGCCCACCUGCAAUUAUGGACUCCACAUCUCCGAUGGUGCCGUGCACAAACGCAAUCCGAGGUUUCCCGCUGCUGCCUCACAUGGAGGAGACCUCAGCUUUCAAGCACGUAGAAAGUCGUUUCCACUCCGGCCUGUCCCCGUCCCGUUACCCACAAAUGCCCCCUGGUCUCCAUUUUGAAAGACUCUCCCUCCCUCACUUCGACGGUGUCAAGACUUACGGUGGAGACUGUAACAUCCCCCUGAUGCCCUUCACUGUCUACAACGGGGAGCUUUUAUACAGCUCCCCCUACUAUCCGCUGAAAUUCCACUUCAGCAACCUCCUCAAGUACCCAGAAUCCAUGUCAUACUUUGGUGCACCCUCGCUGAGCCACGACCUGGGGUCGAUCACGAACAUUGACCGGGAGAUCGCCAUGCACACACAACAGCUGUCAGAGAUCGCAGCAGAGAAGAACCGGACACGGCUGGAUUCCAUCCCCGCUGGAAGCACGAGCAACACCACUUCUGGCAAGCCUAAAAAGGGACAUCUGUGUCUUUACUGCGGCAAGCUGUACUCCAGGAAAUACGGCCUGAAAAUCCACAUGAGGACUCACACAGGCUACAAGCCGCUCAAGUGCAAGGUGUGCUUCAGGCCCUUCGGAGAUCCCAGCAACCUGAACAAACACAUCCGACUCCACGCUGAGGGAAACACGCCCUACAGGUGUGACUUCUGCGGAAAGGUGCUGGUGCGGAGGCGGGACCUGGAGAGGCACGUCAAGUCCAGACACCCCGGACAGACCGUCAAGAAACUGGAGGACAAACCGGGCGGUCUGUUCGAGGAAGCCGAGCAAAAGAGCGACAAUGACAGCGACGUGGACGUGUGCUUCACCGAUGACCAGAGCGACCAGGAGUCGAGCAAAAACAACGACUGAGAUGGUUUUCACGGCCACAUAAAGACUGGCAUUGUCUUUAAAUAUUGUACACAGCAACACGUGUCAUUUAGUCUUGUAUGAAGUCUUGCAUUUUUAUAUUUUAGAUGCCUGGAAGGCUCGCGAACUACAAACAUGAAGAAAACAUGUUUCUGGCCUCGAAAUAAACGUCACAAUCCACAGCCUAGCUGUUAAUCUCAGUAAUAAGUGGGGAGCUAGGCUUAGUAUUCAGUUUUCUCACGUUUCCCGGCUGCUUCGGACCCCUAAAAACCCUUUAAGAAAAACAAAAAACAAAUAAAGAAAAAAGAAAAAGAUGAUCAUUGCGUUUUUUGCCAUGCAAACCAAACCACAACAAAAGUGAAAAACAAACGAGGAAGCUUUCGAAUUUUAUUUCAAUCCUCGCUCUUUUCCACAUUCCUUUUGAUGCUGACGAAAACACAUCUGCCAGCGAUUCAAAAAAAAAA